AUGUUCACUUCUACUUCCCUUUCCACCACCCUCCUCGCGCUCAUCGCCUCCGCAUCAGCCGGCACCAUCCUCUGGGACGGCCAAGCCAACGAAUACUCCUCCAGCGCCUUCCUCGACGCCUGGUCCUUCUCCACCCCCACCGGACCUUACCAAUACUACAUCCACGGCAGCGGGAGCACCAGCGACUACGUCAAUUUGUCUCCGGACUACAAGAACCCCGCCGAUACCUCUUCCGAGCAAGGCAUCCAGAUCACGAUCGACGGGUCAUCGUCCUGGAAUGGCCAGACGAUGAUGAGGACGGAGUUGAUCCCAGAGACGGAUGCCGCGAUUAAUGAGGGCAAGGUGUUCUAUCACUUUUCGAUUCAGCAUACAGCGACGAAUCCGCCGACGCAGAAUGAGGAGCAUCAGGUUUGCUUCUUUGAGAGCCAUUUUACGGAGUUGAAGUUUGGGGUGAAUGGAGGGGAUAGUAAUGAGUUGCAGUGGUUUGCCAACAGUGAGAGUCAGUGGAGUGCUGUGUUCGAGGCUGGGGUGUGGCAUAAUGUUGCCUAUGGGAUCGACUUUGAUGCUCAGACUGUUUCGUUCUAUCACUCGACUGGUGCAGACGACUUGGAGCCCAUCGUGGAACCUGUGUCCGCUCCUACAUCAUCGGAUGGUGCUGAUUGGCAUCUCGGGGUCCUGCGCUUGCCAGGUAAUGGCGUCGAAGCCACGACAGAGGACUGGCACUUCUCCGGCGUCUACAUUGAGAGCGGCGACGUUACCCUGUCUGUCAGUGGUCCAAGCAACGGCUCAAAGACUCCCGCGGCACCAGUCUCGUCAGCAGCCGCCACAUCAUCGCAAGCUGCGUCCUCUACAGCAGUGCCAACGACUCUGCAGACUCAGAUCCGGGCCACUUCCGCAGGGAGUAGCAGUGUUGGAAGCACCGCCAUUCCGAUUUACGGCAACAGCACGACCACUUUCAGCACGUCCACGUCUCUGGCGUCAAACCCUGCGGUCACCUUCUCCGCUACAGAAAACAUUGAGCUAACCUACACGCCCACUGCUGGCCCAACGUGGUAUGCUGAGACUGCGACGCCGUCUGUCGUUGAUGGAGGCUGUCAGGUGGAGUACAAGAAAAUCUGA